GUGUGUGAGUGUGUGUGUGUGUUUGAUAUCAUGGAUUGAGUUGCACAUAACAGCGGUUGUCAGCUGAGGAUUGUUGUGAGUGUGUUCCUGCUGAGGAUGAAGAUUUUCCAGCCCAGCGUUGGAAGAGUACAUCGAUAUCAGCGGCCACGUCCGACUGUCAGAUGCUUUUCUCAGUAGAGACGACUGGCCUCCAUCUUCACAGCAUCAGGUGGAGCCCCUGAAGAAACCUACUUGUUCCAGUUGGGAGGCUUGUUGAGAGGCAGACCCAAGCAUGAGCUAACCUUCAGAGAGACACUGGCAAAACCACCAGCAUUCUUUAUCAUAUAUAUAGAUAUAUAUAGAUAAUAUAAGUCAGAAAGAUAUACAUACUUAAGAUUGAUACAGCACAGUUUUACCUCUCGGCGUCUUGCUCCGAUCCAGUCAGUGAAAACCAGUUCUGCUCGUUACCUCCCAGAGAAAAGGAAGAGGAAUUGGUUCCUUCUUCUUCUUCUUCUCCUUCUUCUCUUCGUGCAACAUUUUUCCAUUUUACCUCAGGGAUUUCCUCCCACUGCCUACCUCCUCCACCGAAACAGCCAACUCAGUGACUGGAACACGGAGCAAAAGGAAAACGCAACCGUGACCUCUCACUGUUGUUAUCGUGACAACCUGUAUUGCCUCUCAGACUAUUCUCACUGCAACCGUGAUGACCAGCAAUGACCUUGGACCUCUUGCCACCUGCCAGCUCUGCCCUGCUCACUGCCUGAAUUGAACCCAUCCACACUCGCCUGAAGCCGGAGGGUGGUUUAUUACUGGAAGGAAGAAGGGCAACGGCGUCCCUCCUUCUCCACGGCAUCAUCUGUCGGGCAUCUAUAUACCUCAGCAAACACAGCUUCUAGAUAGCCGCGCAAGUCAAGGAAACAUAAGGGAACUUUUCACAGCAACAUCAUUCAUACUGGUGCUUUAAUCUGCCCAGCGGGUAACACGUGCUCUCCAGCGUGGUGCUUCAAUCUACCCUGUAGACAGUUCACUCUGCCAUCUUCCGUUUGCCUCUGAGGCGAGAAUUAUAGCAACAGUAGCCAGGGAGGCCUCCAGAGGAGCGAAGCGAGAGACUCAGGAGCAGAGCCUGGCAGGAAAACUUCACUUCAUUUGCUCCUGCAGCGGUCGCGUCAUACACAAAGCCUCACACUCUUAAGCAGUAGCAUAAAUCAGCGCUUGCCUACGGGGGCCCUUCAGAGAUCACGGAAGACACUCAGAAGUUUGCCCCCCGCUGCCUGUGAGUUUACGCUUCACCUUGCGGAGCCUCCAGAGAAGCAAAGCUACCCCAGGAGCAGGAGAAGUUCAUCGGCUUUUCCCGCUCUGCAGGCAAGACGCAACGAGCAAAGAAGCUCCGGGCAGAUUUAACGCAGAGGCACUGUGCAACCUGGAAAGUAAAGAGAAGAUCCGUACCCUGUGAGAGGCGAAACAAAAGCAGAACAACGAAAGAGAAGAAUGCAAUGCUGUCUGUCCCGCCCAUCCUGCUCCUCCCAGCCAGUCGCCGCCCGCAGCCUCAGAUGGUCGACUGCUGAACGGGCCGCCGGCGAAUGCUGAGCAGGCUGGCGAGCUUGGGGUCCGCCUCAUUGUCCUGUGAUUGGCUGCUGGACGGGACUGAGGCAAAAUGGAGCCAAUGUCCAACAAGCAGGAUAGCAACUCAUCAGAGGGAGACGAGAAAGGGUGGCCAGAUGUGCCCAAGAGAAAGAGGAAGAACAGCCAGUGUUCGGUGAAGAGCAUGUCGGCUCUUAGCGUCUCUGUUCCAGGGUACAUCCCCAGCUACCUGGAGAAGGACGAGCCAUGCGUGGUGUGCGGGGACAAAGCGACCGGCUACCACUACCGCUGCAUCACCUGCGAGGGUUGCAAGGGUUUUUUCCGCAGAACCAUCCAGAAAAACCUCCAUCCGUCCUAUUCCUGUAAAUAUGAAAGCUGUUGCAUCAUCGACAAGAUCACCCGCAACCAGUGCCAGCUGUGCCGCUUCAAGAAGUGCAUCUCAGUGGGAAUGGCCAUGGACUUGGUGUUGGACGACUCCAAGCGCGUGGCGAAGCGGCGCCUCAUCGAGGAGAACCGGGAGAAGAGGAAGCGGGAGGAGAUGGUGAAGACGCUAAACAUGAGGCCCGAGCCGGACACCGCGGAGUGGGAGCUGAUCACCAUGGUGACCGAAGCGCACCGGCACACCAACGCCCAGGGAUCCAGUUGGAAGCAGAAACGGAAGUUCAUGCCCGACGACAUCGGCCAGGGUCCCAUGAUGCCCACAUCGGACGGAGACAAAGUGGACCUGGAAGCCUUCAGCGAGUUCACCAAGAUCAUGACUCCCGCCAUCACCCGCGUCGUCGACUUUGCCAAGAAGUUGCCCAUGUUUUCAGAGCUGCCUUGUGAAGACCAGAUCAUCUUGCUGAAGGGCUGCUGCAUGGAGAUCAUGUCGCUCCGCGCCGCCGUGCGCUACGACCCGGAGAGCGAGACGCUGACACUCAACGGCGAGAUGGCCGUGAAGCGCGAGCAGCUGAAGAACGGCGGGUUGGGCGUGGUGUCGGACGCCAUCUUCGAUCUGGGCAAGAGCCUGGCGCAGUUCAACCUGGACGACUCGGAGGUGGCCCUGAUGCAGGCCGUGCUGCUCAUGAGCUCAGACCGGUCGGGGCUGACCAGCGUGGAGAAGAUCGAGCAGUGUCAGGAGGCCUACCUGCUGGCGUUCGAGCACUACAUCAACUACCGCAAGCACAACAUUCCCCACUUCUGGCCCAAGCUGCUGAUGAAGGUGACGGACCUGCGCAUGAUCGGGGCGUGCCACGCCAGCCGCUUCCUCCACAUGAAGGUGGAGUGUCCCAACGAACUGUUCCCCCCGCUCUUCCUGGAGGUCUUCGAGGACCAGGAGGUGUGAAUCAGUCACCCCGCCUUUCUGAAAAAGGACGCAUGCAGGGUGAUCGGUAGAAGAGGAAGCGUGGGCGAAGGACAAGAGAAGAAGGAUUUUUUUAAUUUUUCCUUCAGUGGGAAUGUGAUCUGUUAAAUUUUUUUUUUUUCGUUUUGUUUUUUAUUUUGUUUUUUUUUCUUUUCCUCCCCCACCCCCGUUUUUGUUUGUCGAACACUCACAAGACCCACCGCCCGCCACCAGCAAACACACAUCCACACCAAUACGACACACACUGGUAACCUGGCAAUGCUUCUCGUCAUCCUGACAGGGGCGCACAUACAGAGUUCUAAGGAUUUAUUCACAGGUUUUAAACACACUGCCAUAGAAGUACAGUAUCUCGAUAUGCAAAACACAUCGGUUUAACUCCUCUUUGCACCUGUAUGGACAAACAGCUGUACUUUACCGGCGACUGAUGCAAACCGGGGGGCUCGGUUUUACCUCGACUAGCUGCACACCCACCCAACACCUCAGACAAAGUGUAGUCCAUUUUUUUGAAAUCUCUGGGACCUGAUCAUUAGCACUUCACAAACACACACACAUACACAAACACACACACAGCCCUAACCCCCGUCCCUCCAAAACAGCCCCCACCCAUCUCCCCCCCCCCCCCCCCCCCCCCCCCUGCGUCCGCCCCACCACGACCGCGAGGCCCCGUGAGUGUCCGUCAACCUACCUCCCUCACGUACUGACCUCUCUGUAACGUUAUCAUGUACACACAGAGACAUAUACAGACACACACAUACACACACACACACACACAUACUGCAGUGCUUGCAUAUAUAAACACACACCCCCACACUCUUACCUCAUGCAUUGUAAAAAUGUGUUUCCUCGUUAAUUGUGUGGGCGGUGGUAGUCUAACUAGAAAACGUAGAGCCAUGCAGUUACAAGAUACAACAGAAACACUUUACAUCUAUAAAUGUAGUAUUUAUUGGCACGUGCGUCACGUAGCUGCAGUUAACCGUUAUGUUAGAGACUAGCAUAAUUUAUGAAAACGACCCGGGGUUUGGAUCCCGGUCUGCGGCAGGAAAGACAUCCAGCAUAAAAACUAGCCAAGUAUAUAACAACAUGCUGUGGCGCCCCCUGUAGGAGGGAGCGGCCAAAUAGUCUACGAUAAACCUAUAAUGUCUAAUAUUUUUACUUCUUAAAAGUUUAACAGUAAUCUCUAAUGAUGAAGAGAACACGUAGAAAAAUACACUUUUAGCGUCACCUCAGAGGCGUUAGUGUAUGGUGCUGUAGGAAUUUGUACUGUAGUUCUAGCCCGUCCAGUUUGGUGAUACCACUUUGUGACACUUGGUGGUGUGGUGAGUCACUCUGACCUUUCACCUGUCUGAUUGUUAAAGCUCGUGGAAACUGAGAGCAGACUGCAGAGAUUCAUUAAAUGAAUGCUACAGUGACUCACUAUCGCCACCUAAUGGCUACAUGGGGUGUUACCAAAAUCUUGCAUAUUGUACCUUGAAAGUUUAUAAGAUGUGAUGAACAUCACUGUGCUUUCUGUAGUCGUAGAUCAAAAAAUAAAUCACAGCCCUCGAGAGUCUGUACUUUAUAUAUUCAGCUAUAGCGAAUAGCUAGUUGCUUAGCUCAUCACAAAGACUGAAAACCAUUAUUGUCCUGUGGUUAAAGUCUCAAAAACACUCGUUUUAUGAUAGUCGAAGCGACUAAUCCUCAAUUCUAAGAGUAGAACUUGAUUAUAUUUAGAGUCUAAAAUAUAGCUGACUUUGCAUUUCCAGGUUUACGCUAAGCUAAUGUUAGUUUUCUUCAUGAUGUAUAUAAAAUCUAUUCUUAAUACUUAGAGAGACUAAAACAUGAUUUGAGGCCAUGUUUCCCAAGAAAAAACAAAGUUUAUUUCAAAUAUAUUUGUGGCCUGUACCAGCUCUGAGAGCUAAUGUUAGCAUGUAUAGCAUUCCACCUCUCACAAAGUGUUAAAUUAGUUAUUUAUUAUAAGCGGCACUGUUAAACCAAAUGUAUGCCAGCACCAAAUAUAGUGGCUAGCAAGUAAAUGUAUUUUAGCAAAAAACAAAAAAAAAAAAGAAACAAUAGGAGUUGAUGGAGACCAAAAAUUAUGCUAAAAGCAGCCGAUUAAUUUUUUUACGUCCACUAAGUGGCCAAAUAUAAGAAAGUAAUAAAAGCUAAGCAACAGUUGACUCUCCAAGCAGAUUAUAUUUGGUGACGUUUGAAUAUUCACAGUUUGUUUGAAAACUGAUUUCACGUUCCUGAGAGUGUUCAGUAUUAUCUCACUGUCCUUUUAGUUAGAAAGAUAGUACUCGAACUGAAAGCACAGUCGUAUUCAUGGCAUCUUAUCGCUUUUGCAUCCAAGGUCAUUAUUAAUAAACUGCAGCCUACCGUGAACGUCUGCUUAUAUUUAUAUAGCUAGAAUACCUCUCCAACACAUACCUCUUGUUUUCAUUACCUCACACGCGCACAUUACACAAAUCCGUUAAGUUGUUGUCUCAUGUAUUACCUCAGUUGUUUUGUUGCUCAUCCUUCUCCCCUGCUAAAAUCCCGCCGGGCUGCACUCCCACUCCCCCUCCACACACCCUCCCCCACCCCCUCCGCUGUCCCUGAUAGUUUAGUCGCUCCACAGUUCCGCCUCCUCAGCGCCCCGCCGUCCUCCCGCUAGGUUCAGCACUAGCACGGAGAGGUGGCGGUGGUGGGAGGGGGGCCGGGAACCUUACCUCUGCAGGCUUCCCCCCCAAACGGCGCCUGUACCCAUUUCAAGUCCCGCCUGAAACCAACAGAUUCUACCUCACCUCUCAUCUCAGUGCAGCUGCCCCUCUGUCUGCAACACACACACACAAACACACACAGCAUGCAGAUUAUGAAGAUAUUAAUAAAUCUAUAUAUAUAUAAAAAUAUAUACAUUAAUAUAUUAUACACACACAGAUGGGUGACGAAUUAAAGGAAAAGCAGUUCCAGCCACGUUGAUUCUCCACGUCUUUCUGUGGUGGGGAUGGUGCUGAGAAACUGAGGGUCAUCUGUAGCUGUUACAUCAGGAUGGAAGAUAAAGGCGCCCUCUGCUUUGUGUUUUUCAAAUUCGCUGCGACUCCCUCUAACCCGCGAAAUCCACCAGAUUGUUUUGGAUCCAACGCCACUCCGAUCUGCAGUACGGUGGUGUUUCAGACGUCGCGCUGCUUUGUGCCGCUCCGAAAACUUCCUCAUCUAGUUUGAUGCAGAUGACGUUGACGUCUUCGUGUUUAUUAGAUUUUUGAAGUUUCAUCAUUCGGACUAGCAACAUUUCUGAAGUGGAGCAGUUCUUGAGAUUCAAUCAGUCUUUUUCCGUCUUCAAAUGUACCUCAAUGUUUAGCUGUAUUUGAAGAGAAAUAGUAAAACAUAAACAGACACUUACCUUUUUUCUGGACUUGAGUCAAAUUUGCUUCGGCUUUGCUUUUAGCCUUCGUUGUUUUCUUCUUUCUUGCAUAUUCUUUCUGCUAUGCUGUUUGAUUUAAAUUCUGCUUUUUGACGACAUUGCGCUUCAGUGUCAAACAGAAUUGUUCUGUAGCAGCAUACUGUUGUCCUACAGUGCCAUCUGGUGGCCAUGGAUGAUAUUUACCAGUAUAUUUAAAGCAUUACCAACUAAACACUAAAAAAAGUACGACUUAUCGUCCAGAAAGUCCAUUAAUUUCUGAAAUGCUCGUAUCAUAGGGUGGAAUCACACAUUACGGUGGAUUUCAGGGUUACAGAGAUGAGCAGCCACGAACCAUGGAGGUAAAAUGUUUGUUUUGUUUUGUUUUGUUUUUUUUUGUUUGUUUUCCUUUAGCUGGUCACCCGUCCAGAUAUAUAUCUAUAUAUAGGUGCACACAGUGUACACAUGAAUUGCCAGCAUGGACCCUGUGAGUGUGCUGCUCCUUUCUGAAACGGGCCAUGGAUCAACCGUCUACAGCUCACUCGGCAGACGCCUCUAUCUCCAGUUUUUCAUCACACACCACGUGGGACCAAGAGUCACUCUGAAUUCUUUUUCCUCUCAAUCUCUCCUUUUUAUUUCGGGUCCUGAAAUGACAGCGAGGGCGGGGUGGGUGAGUUUGGGACAUUUACCGUGUGCCGGUUGAACUUAAUAAACACGAAAGCUGUCGGAGGAAGGAGGACGACGACAGCUGGAAGCUGGGACUCCAGUGGAAGCCAUUACGGCCCCGUCGGGUCAGGCCAACAGACUUGUGGGUGGUGACUGGGAGGUGAAUUCAAAACAGCGAGUGGGUCAGCAGUAUCCGGCGUCACCCCGGGGCUUGAGGUGAGGGAAACGGCGAGUGUGCGACUGUGGCGGCGUGACGCAAAGGCCAAGCCGCUUGCAACCGCCACGCAAAACAAAACAAAGGAAAAAAAAAAGAAAAAAAAGAAUUAAAGAAACAAACAAACAAACUGACCCUGCGAUGAUACAUCUCCAGAUCCUUCCCUCGCCGUCGCGGCAGAAACAGACUACGGCUAUCGAGAAGACUUUUCUGAGCGACCGUCCUAUCCCGGAAAACUUACAACAUGAGUUUAACACUGCUGAGAAGAUCUCCACCAACCAUAUCCCCAAUUGCCAUCCACGACAAAUAAUUAUCAGGUUUUUUUCUGUUGCACUAAAACCACAAUGUCUGUAUCCCGUAGAGGCCCUCCUGAAACCCCCCCCUCCCCGCUCCCCCUCCCCGCCUUCUCCUCCAACAUCUUUCCUGCUCUUGCCUGUCUGUAGCAGUCUUAACAAUACUCUCUCCGACACACGCGAUCCACUCUCUCAUCUCCCGAUUACCUGGUUUUAGAAGAAAAACCUCCAAGGACUGUGACAUGGCCUCUAGGCGCCGCCACUCUCAGUGUUACUAAUCUAUGUUGCAGGGUAUUUAAAUAGAACAUGCUGAUUUUACAGGGAUGCAUGCAUGCACACAACACACACACACCUACACAUACAUACACACACACACACAUACACACACACGCAGCAAUAGGAUGAUCGAGCUGUACAGGAUCACACCCGCUGUCUCCAGGCCUGCUGUGUUUGUACUCCGCUCACUAUCACUGUGAAUGAAAGCCAUGCAGCAACCCGGUUGGGGGGGGGGAGGGAGGGCGGUGGGGGGGGGGGGGGGGGGGGGGGGGGGCGGUGGGGGGGGGCGGGGAGAAGGGCGAGUCGCGGCUUCAGACAGGAAAACUGCUGGCUUAGUAAUUCAGACAUGUCAAUGUGCCUCGCAGAGGUCGGUAAUACAAAAUAUACACUAUACAGUAUAUAGAAGCAUAUAUUUAUAGAUAUAGAUAUAUAUAAAUGUUACAGUUAUUGUACGUGGCAUUAGAGCUAUCAGUGGCUGAACUCCUGCUGCCAGCUCCGCUCGCGCCUCCGACUCCGGCCGACCCGUCACGUAGCAAAGGGUGUCAGGAGUCCGUCUACACACCUGUGUUAGUUUCCCGUCGACGCGCUUCGUUUGCCUUGCCGGUGACCACCAGCUCGCCUCCAUAGACCUCACCCUCCACUCCUCCCGUCCUCCUCGGUUUCGCCCUCGUUCGGAGACUGCAAAGACGAGGCCGGCGUCACGAUCUGCGACCCGAGCUGGCAGCACAGCCUCUCUGUCUCUUUCUCUCUCUGUCUCUCUCUUUCUUUCUUUCUUUCUUUCUCAGCCAAAUGAUCACCGGAGAAGUCCUCUCCCUGUUCUCUUAAAAUAAGUAAACACACCAGCACCACAGAGCACACUGCCUUCAGCCAUGAUCAGAUGCACCAGCAUAGCAGAGAGACAGCAAACCAUCCUCCUUCACCGAAAAAGCCAUUCAAACCCGGACACUGACGCCAUCAUUCUGCUGUUCAGACCGCGGGCGAUUCCAAUUCACUUCUUUAAAUCUGGUCUGUUAAUCGGGACGAAUCAAAGAUCGCUGCAGCAAAACUCAAAAGACAUGGAGCGCUUCUUCUUAACUUUUAUGGCUUCAUAACGUCCUCGCCAUGAAACAGGAAAUCAUAAAAGCUUUUUUUUUUUUCCCCUGAGGGUCUGAUUCUGGAAAAGUUGGCUGAAUGCACAAGCGGUAGUUGAGACUGAGAUCAUAUGCAAAUCACUCAAGCUUUUUAAUUAAAUCGGCACCUGGACUCUAAACCAACCUGCCUGCAGUCCAGAUCUGUUCCUAUGACGGACAUAAAUGGGGAAAGUGUAAAACUGUGCAGCACAUUCAAACCGGAAUUAAUCAGAAUCAAGAGAAGGACAACAGAUCUGGAUCUUGUGCUGUCAUGUGUGCAGCGUGUCGCCUCGCGUCUCAUGACUGAAACAAAUUACCCACUAAAACUGUCCUCUUGAUCGCAGCAACGACUCGUCCCACACAUGCAAAUAUUCAGUAUUAAUUGAGCCUUCCUUCAUGUGGCAUGUGCACAAAUACCGAAUUACAUAAAUCACCAUGCAGUUUUUUUCUGCCCUGUGAGGAGAAAUUACACUAGAAUUCCCCAAACAAAUUGGUAAUAUGGAUUAAUUGGACCAACUUCCAAGUCGGUCCAUGUAAAACGAGCUCAGACGAUGAAAGCUCCUCUGCUGUGUUCCUGAGCUCAGGCAUUGAUUUCAUUAAUGUAAUUACUCUGAAUGUAACUCAAAGUGCUUCAUAAGCAGUGGACAGAGCGAUCAGGAAGAUUGGAUGCAGACACACAAUCAGCCUGAGAGUUUGAGCGAUUUGCUCCUGAUCGCAUUCAGAUGCUUUUGUGUUUUCUGUCCAACUUCUCCCAGAAUUGUGGACCGCUCGCAUCUAUGUGAAGUGAAACGAGAAGAAAAAAAAAGAUAAAUGAAAAGAGAAAGAUUUGCUCUGCGUUUCUCGAACGUGGUCCGAGUUGUGGUGCACAGGUUGAAGCGGCCCCCCUCCCCUGUGUCACCCCCCCCCCGAGCCAAGCUGCAGAAGAAAAGCAAAAAGUCUCCAUAAUUUCUGCUCGGUGACCACAGAAUUGUGUUUUCUCUCUCUCUCUCUCUUUCCUUCUCUCUCUCUCUCUCUCUCUCCUCCUCUCUCGGUCUCUUCGAUUAGAGUUAGGGUUAUGUUACGUUUACAAUAACCUAUAAUGUGAACUCGACGAUGCAGCAUGGCACAAAACUCUAACAAACCACUCUGAGAACAGUUCAACUACUGCUUUUAUUUACUACUUACCCAGGGAAAACAUCUGUAAGUUAACAUCUCUUCACACUUUUCUUCACAUCUCUCUCUUCCAGCUCCUCUCGCACCUCCCAAUCCCAAUUUUCCCCAUCCAGCAUCCCGUUUUCUCGGUCUUCAAAACCCUCCCCCCCCCACCCCACCACACAAACACACACACAUACACACCUCUUCUCUCGCGAUUUUACUCCCCGACCCCCGUCCACUCGGUGUGCACCUUCUUCUUCUCCCUCUCUUUCCCCUCCCUUGAACCCCCCUCCCCUCCCUCUUCCUCCCCCACCCCCACCCCUGCGCACUCGCACAGAAACCUACUCCAACUCAUACUAGCACUCUUUGGUGGAGAAAGACGACAAUCCCUGCAGGAAUAUGUCCACAUGUGGAAUGUAAAAUACUAAAAUUGUACGAUUAAAGACACGGUGUGAAGUCCCACACUCAUGUUGUUUUCGAUGUUGUUGAUGACGUUGCUUUCGUUGUGCACCAAGUGUUCGUUGUUUCCGCUUAUUCUGGGGAUGGAUGAGUUCUGCAGGUUGGGUUGAAAACCCGGAUCGCGUGACAGACUGCUACUGAUGAGUACUUUUUGAUAUAGUAUGUUUAUAAAAAAAAAGACUUGGGGUGUGAGGACUGAAUAUCUUGAGUGAUGUAAAAGCAAGGGAUGAAGUGACUUUGUUUCGGGGGUUAGAGGAAAAACAAGCUGUUUUUUUUUUUUUUUUUUAAUGAUUCUUCUUUUAUGUCAUGAUUGAUUUGCAUCUGAUUUUCUUGGUAAGUGAAUAUCUGUCUAUCUGUGUUGAUGCUUUACUGUGAGAAUAUGGCUGUAUAAGCACUUUCAGACCAUCGUUGGUGCAGUGGUAGCUAGUGCUCGAACAUCAUCCAGGAGUCAGGGUUCAGUUCACCUUCAGUUUCACUAAUCGACAAAUAACGUUUGAAAAAAAAUAAAAACCCUUCACACAGGAUCCCUUUAGCUAAAAUAAAUCCAGGUCCACUGGUCGCUUCACACAAGGAGGAAUUUUGGCGCCAGAGCCAGCUAAUGCUAACAGUUGUAUAUAGCAGCACUUUAUUAUUCACUGUUGUGUAACAGUGGUCGACUUUAAGUCAUCGAAAACCUAAAACAUUUUAGUGUGAAAAACUAGAGUGUGGUUUGAAUUUGUAUUCUGACUUUUUCAGAAAAACAAAAAAAAAAGCAAUUUUUCAAGUUUUUAAACUCGAUUUAUCUUCUCUGCUUCCUGCUGUGUUGUCAGCUGCUAGCUUCCGCCAAUUAGAUAGCAUAGAUUUAAUCAUGAUUACAUUUUUAUAUUGUUUUUUUUUUAAUUUUAUCAAACUAUAUUUUCAAAAAAAAAAAAAUCCACCAUUUUUUAAACAUCUUCCAACCCAUGUAUGCACCAAAUUUGAAGCACUCAAAGCUUUAUGUAUGACACAUGAAGUUGAUUUUUUUAAUUAAAGUAAAACUCUUUGAAAAAAAAAAUAUAAAAAAAAAACUUAAUGCAAAAACUUAAACUCAUAUCACAAGAAAAAUAAAGAAAAUUCAUUGGAAAUGGUGACAGAAUUCAAGCCAAUAAUUUAACACGUAUGCACCUUGAUUGUACCUUUCAGAAAAAAAAUUCACAAAAUGUUAAAAUAACAAAAAAUCAGGUUGAAGACACAAAUAAUACAGUAUGAUAGAGCUUUCAAAGUCAAUUUCAUCACAGUAUCUUGUGUCUUUUCCAAAUUCAGGUGAUUCUUACCAGCUAGAAUCCACUUCCUACCAUCACCAACACGUUUAUUAAUACCGAGUCCAAAAUAUUUCCCUCAUAUACCAAAUUAGCCUAUUGUAUUUCUGCUGUGUUGGCACUUUGAAGAGAACAUUAGCACGCACAUUUUCGCCCUUCGUAUUGUGUGAGGACCAGUUGGACCAAAGUUUUCUGUUUUAACUAAAAGAUUUUUUGGUUUUUCGUCAAGGGAGUGUAGAAAAAAAAAAUUGUGUAGGGUCGAUCGCUUUAAAUCCAACACUUUUUUUUUUGGUAAUAAAGUCACUUAACGAUGAUACAAAAAGUACUUUUAUGGGUGUUUAGAAGAGUUGAACAUCACUAAAGAUUAUCUAUGUUUAAUAAAUAAAAAAAGAUCAGACUUAAUUGUGUUUUUAUCAUUUUUCAUGGUUUUCAGAGUUUUUAUGCGACAAAACACUAAUACCUUUGAACCAAUUGAUUCACCUUGACUUUAUAUUAAAUCACUGAUAACGAGGAAACAUUCAACUGGUAUUAAUGGUAACUAAAUAAUAUAAUUAUUUAUGGCUAAAUAUUAAGUGAGAAAUAUAAAAUUAACCCUUUCCCUUGCAAAUACUUUCUCUACACUCCCUUAUUUCUUCCGCUUCCACAGAACAUCACCUAACUUACAGUUUUAGUGCAAAUAUUUUGCAAUUUUUUUGCUAAUUUAAAGUUUUCUUUGCUUUUUUUGCCCCCCAAUCCAACGUCCAGUUAGUGGAACUGACAGUGAAUGUGAACCUGAGUCCUGCUCUCCGCAGUUGCUUGGGCUGUAUCACUUGCUAAGCUGGGCAUUUGCUCUUACUCCUGAUCUGGGUCAACAAAAACAGAAAAAAAUCUAAUAAAAAUCCCACACUCACCCUCAUGGCGAUCUCAACCUCAGACCAGGAUCAUCUUUGCAAUGUAUAAAUCUGCCAUACGUACAUAUAUAUUCUAUAUAGAUCUCAAUGUUGUGACAAGAUUAUUGCUUUUGAUGGAAAGUAAGCCUCACCAUUCAAAAUAUGAAAGUGUAACAGAAAAAAAAAAUCACAAGAUAAACCAAAAACAGAGUAAAAAAAAAAGAUGUAUACAACUGUUCAUACCUCAUCGUUACUGCUUUGCACCAGAGUAAAGGAGCGGGGAGUGAUCAGUCUCAAGCAUGGAACAAUUCUAACGUACAGGAGCCGAGCGCAGCGUCGGGGAGAUUCAAAAACGUGCGGGCCGCCAGCUUUAUGGCGGCCCGAAGGAGCAAUUUGAGUUUUGACAGGCACAGUUUAGUGUGGAAGUUUCUGGUUGAAGCCUUUUCACGUCCCAGAAAUGUAAGCUAGACUGGAUUAAAAAAAAAAAAAUACAAAAUCAACAAAAAAAAAUAAUAACCUACUGCUCAAGAUAUGUCAUUAAUGUUGGGUGAAUUUGGUAGAAACGCUUACCAUUGUAACAAUAUUGUGGCUCGGAAAAACAAUGCACUUAACUUUGUUAUGUCUAUAAGGAAUCGAUAGCAUGAACUAUGAAGCCAUGCUUUGAGUAUUUAUCAUCAGCUGGCAGGUAUUUAUUCCUUCUCUAUGUGUGUUCUGCCCUGACAAACCAAGAGAGGACUGAAGCUUCAUCAGGACAAGAGCGCGCCGGAGGGACCCCCCGAGUCGUUUGGCCAAACCCAAGCUCAAAUUAUCACACAGUCAUCUGCGUAGAAAGAUGUCAUCCUCUUCCAAACUCCAGUGCUGCUGUUUGCACCCAGUGUUUCAACACACAGGCCACGAAAUUGUGCCUUCAAUAAGAAAAAAAAAGACAAAACAAACAAAAGAAAAAAAAAAGUUUAAGUCCCCAUGUCCCGACUCCUAUUCCCGUGAUGAAAAUGUCCUCUCUUGUUCUGGUUUGUUGCUCCUUGCAGACCCCCUAACCCCACCCCUCCCCUGUGACUUUACGCGGUAGCACACAACCCGGCCAAACCCCCCCCCCCCUGCCCAGCCCCGCCCCCGAUUAUCCCCGAGACGUGAGGCGAGGCCCCCGCGGCACGCAGCGGGCCCGCUGUAACCCGCUUGCGAAGCAGCCAUAACUUUGUUGGCAGAGCACAGUGUUGAAUGUAAAGCUGAAUGUGACGUGGGUUGAAGCGCCCCGAGAUGAGAGUUUUGAUGGUGUAUUUGAUUUUAAAAA